AUGAUGCAUCUUACCCCAAACAUACGCUGCCUUACCAUCGUGUGCGGCCCUGAGGGGGUGGCAGCCCCAGUCAUACUCCCACACCAUAUUAAACCUUGGUAUCAACUGGGACCCGACUCUGCUCCACACGUGACCCUCGCAGUAGGGAAUGGACAUGAGGCCCGAAGUCUGGGUCAAAUGAUAAAGAGGGCCUCGAAACUCACUUGGGAAGAGACUAGUGCACCAGGCCUGUUGAAGGCAACCACCGAAGAGAUGUGGCGUCUGACUAUGGUGGACACUGAAGAACAGUGCCAGCCUGAGCGCCUCACUCUCCCCAGGCAUCACGGGAAACCAUAUUCUGAUCACCCUUCCUCUCCUGCUGUCUUGGACUCCAUAGACAAGGCAAUAUGGACAACCACACCAUUUGACGUGGGAAAGUUACAGGUCCAACCAGUGUGCAUUACCCUAACCAAUCCGGGGCAAGUACCAAUAUUUCGAACCCAAUAUCGACUGAAGCAAGAACAGACAGAGGGGAUAAGACCCACUAUCGAAGGCCUACUGGAAGCUGGGUGCAUAUACAGGACUAUAUCACACUGGAACACCCCCAUACUUCCAGUUCCGAAGGCAGGAGGAGAAACAUACCGGAUGGUGCAGGAUUUCCGGGCUGUAAAUGAAGUUACCACACCCAUCGAUCUCCCUGUUCCAGACCCACACAUUAUACUGAGCAACCUGUCACCCAAACAUCGGUAUUUCACCGUAGUGGACUUGGCCAAUGCCUUUUUCAGCAUCCCAUUGGAUGAGGCUUCCCAGCCACUUUUUGCCUUUACCUACGAGAAUCAGCAAUUUACCUAUUCCGUACUUCCCCAAGGUUACACUUCUUCCCCGGGAAUCUUCAAUUAUAUUCUGAAGACUCACCUGGCAGAACUGAAAAUCCCAGAAGGAGUGAUACUCAUACAAUACGUAGACGACCUGUUGCUGGGGGCUCCCACCUCAGACCUUUGUCUAGAAAUGACUAAAACCCUGUUGGACUUUCUGGCAGUCAAAGGCUACAAAGUCAAGAUGUCAAAAGUCCAAUCAUGCAGACGAACCGUCCUGUCUGGAAGGGAAAUCUCAAGCGAGGGGGCCGGACUCUCAAAAUCACACCGAGACUCAAUCCUACAUCAUCCCAGGCCCAUUACUGUUUCAGGAAUGCUCUCUUUCCUGGGGUUGACGGGAUACAGCCGUACUCACAUCCCAGACUAUACUGAAAGAACUGAACCUCUGAGAGAAAUUGUUCGAGAAGCUGGCCCAAGAAACCUACAGGCCCCACUUAUAUGGACUCCUGAAGCUUCAACGGCGUUUGGGCUCCUGAAGACUGACCUGUCUGUGGCUGCUGCUCUCACGGCACCAGACUACGGUAAAACAUUUCACCUGGAUGUUUCUGAAAAGGAAGGCUUUGCAUCCGCCGUCCUUUUUCAGAAACAUGAGGGGGAGAGAAGAGUACUCAUGUACCACUCUUCAAAACUUGACCACAUUGAAACCGGCCAGACCGCCUGUUCCAGAUACGUUGCGGCGGUAGCCAAGGCGAUUGAGAAGACAGCCCAUCUGGUAAUGUGCCACAAGAUGCAAAUACACACCCACCACGGGGUGGCAGCAUACCUCAUCAGCAAAGAAUUUACCUUCAGUGCGGACAGAAAAAACAAAAUCCAGAACAAAUGCACCCAGUCACACAUCACUUUUGUGAACACCGACAAGAACAUGGCAGAUGCACUCACCGCAGAAGAUGGCCUAGCACACUCCUGCCAAGAGAGGGCAGCACAAGAGCUCAAACUGAGACCAGACCUGGAAAAUGAACCACUGACAUCUCCAGACCUAUGGCUGUACACAGACGGAUGUUGCUACAAGGGAGACACAGGAAACGUAGCUGCCUAUGCGGUCGUACAGCAGCUGCAUGACAAAACACAUGUCACGUUGGAAUCAGGAAUUAUCCCCCAGCCAGCAUCUGCACAACUUGCGGAAAUUGUGGCUUUGACUCAAGCUCUAGAGAAAGCCGAAGAAAAAACUGUAAACAUUUACACGGACUCGGCAUACGCACACGGAGCAGUGCACAUAGAUGGACCACAAUGGGUUAGGCGCAACUUUACCACCACAGGUAACCUACCCAUCAAGCACCGAGCCCAAAUGGAACGUUUGAUGCAUGCCGUGUCCUUACCAAAGACAGUGGCCAUAAUGAAAUGCCGAGGCCACCAAAGACUGACCAGCAGAAUCAAUCAAGGAAAUGAUGCCGCAGACCUGGCAGCCAAGGCCGCAGGAGGAUACAGCCCCCGACAGAUGGUGCUCGGGAUAGAACCGGCAAGGACUGAAUUGACAAGCCAACACAUACUAGAACUACAGGAAGAGGCAGGCCCUUACGAACAUUCGGUUUGGACACAGAAGGGAGGCUCUAAGGGACCAGAUGGAAUAUGGAGAUGCCAUGAUGGCCGACUGGUGGCUCCGACUAAUCUCUGUCCAGAACUGAUAAGGGAAGCCCAUGGACCCACUCAUGAAGGGAAACUCAGAACUUUACAGAAGGUUUCAUACAUAUGGUGGCACCCCCACAUGAAGGACAUGACAGAUUUAUUCUGUGACGAAUGCAACAUAUGUGGAAGCCACAAUCCAAAGAAGCCCUACCAAACCCCGAUGGGGGCCUACCCGGUGCCAAACGCAUGUUUCCAAGACAUCAGUAUAGACUAUACAGACAUGGGAGAAGACAAUGUAAAGAACGGGAAGAGAUAUUUGCUAGUAAUGGUAGAUAGAUUCUCUAGAUGGGUAGAAGCAAUUCCAACAGCUAAGGAGGAUGGGAUAACGGUCAUUAAGUGGCUACAGACAGAACUCAUACCUAGAUAUGGGGUCCCUAGACAUAUCCGAAGCGACAAUGGGUCCCACUUCGCAAACAAACACCUGAGACAGGUGGAGGAGAGGUUCGGCAUUAUACACAAGUUUGGUUCCGUGUAUAAGCCACAGGCCCAAGGCCUUGUGGAGCGCUGCAACCAAUCUCUUAAGUGUAAGAUAGCCAAAGUGUGUGCUGGUACAAAACUGACAUGGGUGGAGGCCCUGCCACUGGCGUUGAUGGCCAUGAGGUCAUCACCUGGGGCAGGGACUCAUCUCUCACCCCACAAAAUAAUGACAGGAAGAGUAAUGCCAGGUCCACCAAGAGAGGGAGGUCAUAUGCCCCCUCUUGAUGUACACCAGAUAGGUAUGACUGACUAUGUAAGAAAAUUGACGGAACUGUCCGCAGCUCUUUCCAAACAGAUACACAAAGUCCAUGAGGGGGAGCUGACGGGAGAUCCGGAGCAACUGAGGGUAAAGGUCGGCGAUUGGGUAAGGAUCAAGGUCCACAAAAGAAAGUGGGCGGAUCCCAGGUGGACUGGACCGUACGAAGUGAAGGAGGUUACUUCACACUCAGUCCAGGUCAAAGGAGCCGAGGACCUUGUUCUGCGGACCCAGGGAGUGAAUCCCGGAUAUAGGGGACGUUCCAGGAGAGACACCACCCCAUCUAGUGGAGACCCCUCCUACAUAGACGCUAUCGGAGUCCCUAGGGGAGUGCCUGAUGAGUAUAAGUUAAUAGAUCAGUUCCGUACGAACUAG